AUUUUUAAAGAUGAAAAAUAGUACCAUGAAACUAGUAAACAUAAAAUUUCUCCAAUUAUGAAUUAUACUAUAUAUAGUUAUCUUAAUAACUCAGAAACAAAAUUUAAACAAAUAUUUUAUUAAAAAAAAACAGUUUUUUUUUUAACUUUCUUCUGGCUAUUUAGGAAGAUGGAUUAUUUACUAAACAUCAAACAAAACGUUUAAUUGUUUUGCAAUAUUGAACUUCAGUAUGAGAUAACAGUGAUCUUUUUGUGUUCGUUUGCUAAACAUAAUAUUGCUAAGGAUCAUAGUUAAUUACUUACCUAGGGAAACAAGAAAAAUAAAUAUACAAAGGAGAAACGAAAAGUUGACUUUAUCUGGCCGGAGAAAAGAUCUAUCAAAUGGCCGACGAUAGCCAGAUCAGAAUCGGAGUGUUGAGCUGCGCAAACAUCGUCAGAAAAGUCUCUCGAGCUAUCAAUCUAGCUCCAAACGCUACUGUAUCAGCCAUAGCCAGCAUCAGCAACUCCAUCGAAGAAAUGAAAUCGUUUGCGGCAUCUAACAAUUUCCCUCCGACCGCGAAGAUUCAUGGCUCUUACGAGUCCCUUCUAGAAGAUCCUGAUGUAGACGCCGUCUACUUUCCUAUUCCGGCUAGCCUCCACGUUGAGUGGGCUGUACGCGCCGCUCAGAAGGGGAAACACAUACUGCUUGACAAGCCAGUUGCUCUUAAUGUUUACGAGUUCGACCAGAUAGUUGAGGCCUGUGAAGCUAAUGGGAUUCAGUUUAUGGAUGGGACUCAGUGGAUCCACAAUCCUAGGACUGCUAAGAUUAAGGAGUUUCUUACCGAUCCAGUUAGUUUUGGCCAGCUCAAAACAGUGCAAAGUUGUUUCUCAUUUGCAGCAAACGAAAACUUUCUAAAGAACGACAUACGUGUAAAGCCUGGUCUUGAUGGUCUCGGUGCACUAGGUGAUGCUGGAUGGUACACAAUCCAAGGAUCUCUUCUCGCCAACAGCUUCAGACUUCCGAAAACAGUGACUGGCUUACCCGGUCAUGUCCUUAACGAUGCAGGAAUCGUUCUCUCGUGUGGUGCACUGCUCGAUUGGGAAGAAGGGGUAACCUCAACAAUCUACUGCUCUUUCUUGGCAAAUGUAACAAUGGAGAUAACUGCGAUCGGUACAAAAGGCACUCUCCGUGUCCACGACUUUGUUAUCCCAUUUCAAGAAACCGAGGCCUCGUUUACUACAAGCACUCUAGCCUGUCUCAGUGAGCACAAAACUAUGAAUGAGAUUCCACAAGAGGCGUGGAUGGUGAUUGAGUUUGCUCGGUUAGUUGGAGAAAUAAAAAACAGGGGAGCUAAACCGGAUGGUUUCUGGCUUAGCAUUAGCCGGAAGACGCAGGUUAUUGUUGAUGCCGUGAAAGAGUCGCUUGAUAAUAACCUUGAACGGGUUCUUGUAUCAGGCCGGUGAUUUAAACAAAGAGCUCAGUUCAGCUUUCUUUUGUCUAUGAUUUAGAUAAAAUAUCACGAUCCUACUUAUCUUGAUAAAAGAAAAGAACAAAAAAAAUUAUCAGUCGACUUGGAUAUUAUUUAAAAUUAACUUGUAAAGCAUGUUGUCAAGUGAAAAUGGUAUUUUUUGUAAAUAAAACUCAAUCAUAAAUUUUUACUUGUAUUUUAUACUCUUUCUGUUUCAUAAUACAUGAAGUUUUGACU